GUCGUGUCAGAAGGGAGAGUCGCUGUGCGACUCCGUCCAGACCAUGAGCUGCUACGCCGACGUCCUCGUGCUGCGCCACCCGACGCCCGGAGCCGUGGAGUCUGCCUCUCGUCAUUGCCGUAAGCCGGUGAUAAACGCUGGAGAUGGAGUUGGAGAACAUCCGACUCAGGCUCUUCUGGACGUUUUCACCAUCCGAGAGGAGCUGGGCACCGUCAACGGGAUGACCAUCACGAUGGUCGGGGACCUGAAACACGGUCGCACCGUUCACUCUCUCGCCAAACUCCUGACGCAGUAUCGCAUCACGCUGAGAUACGUGGCCCCCAAGAACCUGCACAUGCCACCGGAGAUCUGCAGCUACGUGGCCUCCAAAGGAAUCAAACAGGAGGAGUUUGAGAGCCUGGAGGAGGCGCUGCCCGACACAGAUGUUCUGUACAUGACCCGGAUCCAGAAAGAACGAUUCUCCUCCGAGGAAGAAUACAGAGCGAGCUUCGGUCAGUACAUCCUGACUCCUCACAUCAUGACCGGAGCCAAGAACAAGAUGGUGGUGAUGCAUCCUCUGCCCCGAGUCAACGAGAUCAGUGCGGAGGUGGACUCAGAUCCUCGUCGUGCGGCGUAUUUCCGACAGGCGGAGAACGGGAUGUACAUCAGGAUGGCUCUGCUCGCCACCGUGCUGGGAAGAUGAGCCUCUGCACACGGCUCACACACACGGCUCACACACACGGCUCACACACACGGCUCACACACGCGGCUCACACACACGGCUCACACACACGGCUCACACACACGGCUCACACACACGGCUCACACACACUCACACGGGCUAAAACAACACACACUCUGCACAACAUUCUUUUUUGUUUACUUCAUUUUCUCUGAUAAGUGUUUGAUUUACUCAGAAGUAUUACAAUAUUUUAGCAACUUUGCAAAACUGUGACCAGAUCUGGACAUUCCAAAUACUGCCCUGGUACUACACUUGUACUACACCAGUACUACACCACUACUACACCUGUACUACAAAUACUACUACCUGGUAUCACACUGGCACUAAACUCAUACUGUCCAUUCCAAUUCACUUUGUUCCUGUGGCACAUUUCACAAACAGUUUCCAAAAUGCUGCACAACAACAAUAAUAAUGUAAUAAUAAUAAUAAUGAUGUAGAAUUCCUCAGUCGAUUGGGUAAAAUCCACGAUAAAAAGAGAAAUUCAAUUUGUCGACUGGACGAAAGUUUAUUUGGUCAAAAACAUUUUUCAACUUGUCCAAUCUGUUUCUUCACUUCUGUCAGACACUGGUGACACUGUCUUAUAUCUGCCAGAAGGGGGCGCUCACUACACACACACUACUCUGACACACACGCACACACGCACACACACACGCACACACACGCACACACACACGCACACACACACGUUUACAGUUUGUGUUUGUUGGAGGAUGCACAGACGAGACGAGAGAGCAACACUGGACCUGAGUCUGUUGUUCAUCUGCACAUAAAAUCCUGGAGUCGCUCCCGUGAGGUUCAGAGUCUGAGGAAAGAUUUUUGUUUGGGAGGAGUUCAAGAGGCUGUUUUUGUUAAGAGAUGGAAACAGACUCAGACACCGUUGAGUAACAACUCCGUCCUCAAACCUAAAACAAAACAAAUACAACUAGAGGAGGAGGUCAGGUCAGGACCAGAGGUGUGAAAACUCCAGUAUGACCUGAGUGACUCUGCUGAUAAGAUCCACACUCAUGCAGGUCAACAGAUCUAACAAACAAACUGUAAACACAUGUACAUGUGUGUGUUAGUGUGAGAGUAAUGUGAGUGUAGUGAGCGCCCCCUUCAGGCAGAUAUAAGACAGAGUCACUGAACUAAAGUGAAGAACAGUUUGGACGAGUUCAGAAACAGAUUCAACCCAAAUAAACUUUUGCCCAGUCGACAAAUUGAAUUUCUCCUUUUGCCAGUAUAAUGAUAAAAUAAACACUUAGAUUUAAUCACACUAGUCUGAAAACAAUAAGAGCAGAAACUAUGGAAUAGCAAUAAAUAAAUAAAACCAAUAAAACUCCUGCGGUGUGAGGUCGGUCACAGAGAAAGUCCUGUCCUCCAGGGUUUAAGUCUCGUCUUAGGUCCCACGAGCUCGGACCUCGGACCUCAGCGCUGUCCCCAAACUGUCCCAGAAUCAUUAGUUUUUCCAUCGAACGCACAAUCACUGAGUUUAAACCUCCACCUGCACAUUCCGCGCUUCGAGUGUUUACUGUUUACAUUUUUUUUCAGAACACACAUUUCUUUAGAACACUUAACUCUUGUCUCAGGUUUCAUUAUGAUUCUGUCGUUUCGCUGUGGCACAAAGGACCAAACUCUUGUUUCCAAACCGUUUCUUGUGAUUCUGCUGUUUGGGUUCUGAUCCAAAUCCUCGUGUUGUUUUUGAUGCUGGUGUCGAUAAUGUAGCAAUGAACUGGAAAUUCAUUCAAUUUCAUAAUGUUUUUCUAUCAGACUUUUUCAAUAAAUACAAGAAAAUGGGAA